AUGUCUUCCUUUGACUGGAUUCCAUCUGUGGGGCUCUUUGUCUUUUCAGAAGGGGAGCCCGUCAGCAUUCUUGGCCUCAUCCUUGGCGUCAGUCUCUCCCUCUUGAUCCUUGGUGUCCUUAGCUAUACCAUUGCAAAGUGGUACCAGGAAGGACACUGCUGGAACAGUAAGUACGGGGUGUGGUUUGCAGUUGCAGUGUAGUGUAGUGUAGUGUAGUGUAGUGUAGUGUAGUGUAGUGAGAGCCCAGGGCUGGCCCUGUAGCAGAGGCUGGGGGCUUCCACACAACUGCUGUAGGCAUGACACUUGCCCGUUGCCCAGGCUAUAUCUGCUCCCCACACAUGACCCAUGGACCUUCUUUCCCCCCAAAAGGCAUGAGGACCUUCCAAUACAGAGCAAAUGGUUCAUUUACUGAUGGCUGCUAGAGCUACAAUUGCCCAGUUUUGGAGAGACUUGGCAGGUGCUCAGGUCACAUAUCAGUACAACAAAGUACAGGAAACAGCCCUUUUAGAAAAGUUAAUGUAUAAACUAAGGGGUUCCAGAGGUCAGAGCAAGAAAGACAGGUUCACAUCAGUAUGGUUUGGUUUUAUUAUGUAUGUUAGCAAAGAGGAACAUGGUCAAAAUUUGCCUCUCGCAUAUAAAUGGAUCUGGCUAAUACAAUAAGACUUGUGUAAUAAUAUUGUAUGGUUCUUCUUGAUGUAACAAGGGAUGCUUAUUCAUGAUGCCUAUUAUUAUUAUUAUUAUUAUUAUUAUUAUUAUUUACUGGUAUAGGUAUGAUUUAUUUUUAUGAGCCAGCUAACGUUCUGUGAGUUUACGGGCGGGUCUACUGUUAUCUUUUCUAACAGUUACUACUGUAUGUUACUUUAUUGCUCAGUUGUGAUGUAAACUGAAAUGUAUUAGUUACAUAAACACACAUAACCUUUGUGAUCUGCAUAAUAAUUUGUUGUCUGCAGCUACACUGUAAAAUUCAAAUAAAAAUUAUCCCAUUAAAAAGCAACAACAUGAAGACUUUCCAGAAGCAUUUCCUGCUGGGGCUAGCUUGUAGUUACUCAGGUUAAUAUGUCCACAAAGAGGGGUUUACCAAUUUGCAUACAUUUUUCAUAUGCUGAUUUAUAUGUCUAGAUGAAAAUUUAGAAAUAAUUCAUAGAAUGAUAGGUUCAUAGAAUCAUAGAGUUGGAAGGGACCCUGAGGGUCAUCUAGUCCAACCCCCUGCAAUGCAGGAAUAUGUAGGUGUCCCUCACGGGGAUCGAACCAGCAACCUUGGUGUUUUCUGUACCAUGCUCUCGCCAACUGAGCAAUCAGUCUGCCAAAAUACAGCCCUUGUCAUUGUUGAGCUACCCCUCAACUGGUGAAGGUCUCAUGGACAGCAAACUCCAGAUGUUUAAUGCCACAGAUGUGGGACUUGCGUCAACAGAGCACAGAGGAGCCUGAGCUGUUGAAAUUCCAGCUUGUCAGGAGUGAAACUUCACAAAGCGGGUCUUAUUGGUGCUGACUCACCCUGAGAGCUUUUGCCAGCAUGACAGGGUAUUUUUGAAAGCCUGACAAGGGGAGGGCAGAGCAGAAGCAGCUGAGGUGAGCAGAGGAAGGGAGAUUUCAACAAGAUCCCCAGGACUGCGAAGAGUUUCGAGUUAUCCCUGUGGGUUUCACUCUGGACAGUCCAAGUGUUAAAAUCCACACUUUAAAAAAAACUAUAAGGCCACACUGGGGUGGGGUGGGAAAGCGAGGUCAGACUCUGGGUUUCACAUGAAUUGCCAUGAAGAGGCUGCAUCCUAAUAUUUUAAUGUUGUAUUUUAAUCUUGUUUUUUAAAUUGUAUUUUAAUCAACAUGUUUUUAUUAUUGGUUGUUAGCCGCCCUGAGCCCGCUCUUGGCUGGGGAGGGCGAGGUAUAAAUAAAAUUUAUUAUUAUUUUUAUUAUUUCCCACACAGUCCCUGUAUGUGGCAAGUAGCAGCUCAGGAUGUGUGUGAUUUGGACUAGGAAAACAAUGCAGUGGAGAGAGGAGAGUUAAUCAGGGGUCAGCAACCUUUUCCAGCUGUCCCUCAGACCAUGUGGUGGGCUGGACGAUGUUUUUUUUUGGGGGGGGGGAUGAAUGAAUUUCUAUGCCCACAAAUAACCCAGAGAUGCAUUUUAAAUAAAAGCACACAUUCUAUUCAUGUAAAAACACCAGACAGGCCCCACAAAUAACCCAGAGGUGCAUUUUAAAUAAAAGGACACAUUCUACAAAUAUAAAAACAUGCUGAUUCCCGGAUCGUUCGUGGGCCAGAUUUAGGAGGCGAUUGGGCCGCAUCCAGCCCCCGGGCCUUAGGCUGCCUAUCCCUGGUUAACAUACAUAAUCCUCCUCAACUGGGACAGCCCAGCUUUGAAUUAUGGCCUCACACAACUACAUGUGUUCUUUUAGGAAAGUUUAGGAGCUCUGCUCAGGGAUCUCUGCCACCGUCACCUCUUGUGGGACCCUCAGGCCCACUCUAUAACUUGUGGGCUCCAUGCUUGUGUUUCCAAGAGCUGCUGUCACAGACCCUCAAAGUGUCCUUAUUUUACCGAGAGAGUCCUGGAUUUACAGAAGCCAUCUCAGUUUCUGAGUUGAUCCCAGAAUGUCUCGCUUUCCCUUAGGAUGCCCCUAUUUUCUGUCAGCAUCGCCCUUGAGCCAGUGCAACUAACUGGACUCAUACGCUUCAGCCCCGACUGGGCUAGGCGAGCUGGGUAGCACUUCCAGAGACCACCUUCUGCACAGGAACAGGUCAAAGUGCUGUGGACUCACAGCUUAGAGUUGUGAGCACCGGAUUCACUUCCACAAGAAGACAGUCGUUGCACAGCAGAGUAUAGCAGAGUAUAGCAGAGCAUAAACGACUCGGAGAGCAGCUCUGUAGAAUAUCUUCUUUAUUCUAUCUACAACUAUAAUAUACAACUAUAUACAGAGCUAAAUGAGGUCUAAAUGAAAAUGCUGAACUGCACUGAGUGUCUGCAGCUGCUCUUAGCAGCAACCUUAUCUACACACAUGAUCUCUCUCUAACACUCAGUCUCUCUCUCUCUCCCCCCACACUUUGAUGUGUCUCCUCUCUGGAGAAUCAGCAGAUUCUUGGAUAUGGGAGGGGUGAAAUCUCCUCAUCUUCAUGGGAGGAGUGUUGGAGGGUAUGCUGUCAGUCUUGCGGCUCCUAACAGUUUCUUGACUCCCUUUUCUUCUUUUUCUUCCAGGGCCUAAUUUUGUCUUCAACCUUUACCAUAUCCGGUACGUAAAGACACACACCUGCAUGCCCAUCUGGCCAUGAAACUCUGCAAGACCCCAAGCUUUUAGCUCACCUUGGAUCCUCUGCAGGGUGAUGGUCACUAUUAACAGAGGGAGGGAGGAGGGACGGGGGGGGGGGGCCCUCCACCACAGUGAGCUGACUGCACAUGCCAGACCACUGCAGCAACUGCUCACAAGAAAAAACCAGGAGAGGGCCAGCAGAGGGCCAAACAAAGUCCUCUGUGGGGCUUAACAUAUUGCAUACUCCUACACCAAUUUCUACUGGUUUGAUCAAUGACUUCCAUUUUGGCUUUGUUUCCAUCUUUGCCAACUGGAACCAGCAUGCUAAAACUCUCAUCUCCUGUUCUCCCGUGUGUCUGUGUUUGCCUGUCUAACGGUACUCUAGGACAGGCUUCCUCAACCUUGGCCCUCCAGAUGUUUAGAGACUACAAUUCCCAUCAUCCCUGACAACUGGUCCUGCUAGCUAGGGAUCAUGGGAGUUGUAGGCCAAAAACACCUGGAGGACCGAGGUUGAGGAAGCCUGCUCUAGGAGGAAACGAGGGAGUGGGCAACUGUCAGUCUGUCUGUCUUUGUCCCCUUUAGCAACCUGAAAUCGGUGGAGGUGGAACUGGCCCCUCCCUUCACCAUCAGUGGCUCCAUGCGUGAAGCAGGAAGUGGCUACGUGCGGUUCCACGACAGAGGCACCUAA